GCGGCAAAGAAAACAAACUGUUAUAAUUGAAUUAAAUUUUUUGUUUUUUUUAUUUAGAAUCGUAAUUAUAUGUAUAACAUAUGAGUAAAAUAUAUAAAAAUUAUUUAUAUAAUACAAAAAUUAUAAAAUAAUACAACGAAAAAAUAGAAAAUAAAAAUGAAUGAAUGAAAAAAAAAAUUAAAAGUAAAACUUACAUAUAUAUAUACAUGCACAUUAUAAAAGCUAAAACAUAUACAUAUAUAAUAUUGACAAGUUUAAAUUAAUAAUUGACUUUAUUACUUUGGAUUAAUUACUAUAUUUUUAUAAUAUAUCAAUUAGAAAUCAAAAUACUAAAAGAUUUUAAAACUCAGAAUCUUAAAUAAUAGGAAGUAUUCAAUUAUUUACAUAUAUUAAUUGAAGAAUUAUCAUCCUCCUUCAAAAUAUUAGUGCAAAUGAGAAAGCGUCGAGUACGUAUUUUUUACAUAACUUAGCUUACCACAAACUUAAUUUCAAACAUGGAUUGGCUAUUGACGAAUCCCCAAAUAUUUAGUACAUUUUCAUCUUUGGGUUUUCUGAAAGAUGAUAUUUAUGAGAUUAACCCUAAUGCUUUAGCUACCUUAGAAGAAAUUAAUUUAAAAUUAAUUUACGAAGAUCAAACGCUACGUACAUUUCGCCGAGCUAUUGGUUUUGGUCAACAUGUCAAAGCAGAUUUAAUACCACUUCUAAUUCACGUUAGAGAACCAGAAAUUACAGAUGCUGUUAUAAGAAUUUUAGUUAAUCUAACAGUUCCUGUAGAAUGUUUAUUUUGUGUUGAUAUAAUGUACCGAACUGAAGUAGGUCGCAACACAAUAUUCGAACUAAAUAAACUUCUUAUAACUAGCAAAGAAGCUUUUGCUGACACAAAAAGCAUUAAAUCUGUUUUAGAUCGUAUAAAAUCCAUUCUAGAUGGAGAGUCGAAAAAAUUGUCAUUAGCACAAUGUGAUAGUAUCAAUAAUUGUUUAUUGCUAUUACGAAAUAUAUUACAUAUUCCAGAAAAUAGCCUAACAGGUCCUCAUAGCAGCAGCCUCAACAACACAACGGGAGCAAAUGGCGGACAAACAUCUUUGCAAAACACGAUUGUAUGGAAUUUAUUCAUACAAAGCAUUGAUAAAACUUUGCUAUUUUUAAUGUCUUGCCCACAAAGAGCCCAUUGGGUUGUUACAAUGGUGCAACUAAUUGCCCUAAUGUAUAAGGAUCAGCAUGUUGGUACAUUGCAAAAAUUAUUAAAUAUGUGGUUUGAAGCUUCCCUUUCAGAAAGUUCAGAAGAUAACGAAAGUAAUACUACCCCACCAAAUAAAGGGAGCGGGGAUUCAAGCCCAAUGUUGACAUCAUCCGAUCCAACUUCCGAUUCAUCGGACAAUGGUGGUAGUGGAAACAAGGAAACGUCCGAAGAUCGCCGUCAGACGUGUCUUAAUAAAGAAACAGAGGCAACAUUGCAAGAGGUAAGCCGUAAAGGUCAUGAAUAUCAAAAUGCUAUAAUGAGAAUGCCACCAGCAAUAAAAAAGGAAUCUAAACACUUAUUACAAGAACAACAAGAUUUUGAAUCAACAUCUCAAGGAAAUUGUUCAAAAAAACAAUAUGUAGGGGACCAAAGAUACCAAACAAUAUCUAAUGAGUCAAAAAUAAUUCAAAAACCAUCUCCAACAACAAAACCAGCUGAUCCAGAAAACACUUCCCAUGUUAUAUUUGCUUCACCACCAGCAAAAUCAAAAAUUGAAAUUGUUGUAAGAACUAUUUCAUUGAAAUUAAUAUAAAAGUCAGAAUUAAAUUUUUUACAGAAAAAUAACCACAACCAGGCGUUCAAAAGUCCUCAUUCUGGAAUAUUAUGUAAUGGCAAGUGUCCUGCGCAAAAACGUGAAUGUCCGUCUUCAACUUCUGAACUUUCCGAUUGUGGCUAUGGAACACAAGUUGAAAAUCAAGAAUCGAUUUCGACAUCGAGCAAUGAAGACGAUAGUCCACUCCAGAAGCCUGUACAUCAUCAAAAACCAAGGACAAAGCAACAUCCAAACGUCUCUCCUUUAGAAAAAAAGGAAUGGAGGAGAAAAAAGUUAGUUAAACGAAGUAAAAGUAACAUAAUCAAUAUGAAAGGAUUGAUACAACAUACCCCAACUGAUGAGGAUAUCUCGAAUAUAUUGAAGGAAUUUACUGUUGAUUUCCUACUAAAAGGAUAUAAUUAUCUUGUUCAAGAACUUCACGCACAACUUUUAGAAAAUUUGAAAUUUCCCAUGGACACAUCUCACUUCUUUUGGUUGGUUACAUACUUUCUUAAAUUUGCUUCCCAACUUGAGUUAGAUUUAGAACAUAUUAGUUCCGUUUUGAACUACGAAGUUGUUUCAUAUCUAACUUUUGAAGGCGCGAUGUUGUGUGAGCAGCUGGAGUUAACGUCUAGACAAGAAGGAGGUGAUAUGAAACCAUUUUUAAGAAGAUUACAUUUAGUAGUGACGGCAAUAAGAGAAUUUUUACAAGCACUUGAUACAUAUAAGAAAAUAACACAUUUAUCCCAAGAAGAUCGUCAAUAUUUAAAAAAUUUAACACUACAAGUUUGUGCAAUUGAAGAUUUGAGAAAUUUGUUUUUACUAUUAAUACGCAAGUUCAAUCCGAUGUGGAAUAGUAGACAAUACCUGCAGGAUAUAAUUGUUACAAAUCAUGACCUCUUAGUAUUAUUAGAUAAUGUUACAAAGUCAGAAGAUAAACAUUUAAUUAAUUUCAAUAUAACAGAACAUGUGCCUCAAUUUGCUCAAGUUGAAAUAAUGCAUCACUAUGCGCUUUUAUUAGAUGAUUUUCGAGAAAACGGUGAAUUUGUGAACGACUGCGUGUUUACAAUGAUGCAUCAUAUUGGAGCUGAUUUAGAACAAGUUCAGUUAUUAUUUCAACCACUUGUACUGAAAACAUUUUCCCAAAUUUGGGAAUCUGAAUUUGAAGUUUGUGAUGACUGGUCUGAUUUAAUUGAAUACGUUAUUCAUAGAUUUAUGAAUUCACCACGAAAUAAUGCAUUUGUUGUAUCAUGUGGAUCUUUAACAGAAAUGACAAAAGAACAUAACAUGAAAAAUAGUGAUUGUGUAUGGACACAGGAAGAAAAAGAUGUUUUGUAUUGGCACUAUGUACAAAGUAAAAAAUCAAAAGAUAUUGUUGGAAAAAUUCGUCAAUUGUAUAAAGAAAAUGGAAAUAGUGAAAAAUCUCGAAUGUCUGUUAUACAACAAUUAUUGCAUCAGGAUGUAGUGACACUCGUUGAAUAUGAUGAUUUAAUGAAACUGGAGGAUACCGAAUACGAAAAGAAAUGUAACAAAAGACAAUUAUCAAGUAGCACAUCAGAAUCAGGAAUUGAUCUUAAAGAUUCAUUAACAGGAACUAGUAAUACAUCAAAAAAUCAGAGCAUGGACAAUAUUCAGUAUCUAAAAGCUCUGUUGGUGAAAGAAGGAAAAUCACGAAUUAUACAAUGGCUUCAAAAAGUCCUCUUAGAAUGUUGUUAUGUCAAACUAAAUAUUGAUUAUGGUAAACUUGAACAACAAACUGUGUUUGAAAAAGAAAUUAAGAUUCGGGUAAUGGAAUCAAUCCCAUAUCAUUGUAUAUUGAGAAAAAAGUCAAUCCCAUUAGUACCAUGGAACACUGAUCAAUCUUCUGCGAUGAUUUAUAAACCAUUUGUAAUGUUAUUGCACAAGUUGGGUUUUCAUUUGCCGGCUGAUUCUGGUAGUAUUUUUGCAAGAAUUCCUGAAUUUUGGACAGCAGAUAUUAUGUACAACAUUGCUCACAGAUUAGGACCAAUUGAUAAAAAUAUGUUAAAAUUCGACAUCAAUUUAUUACAUAAUAUAGAGCAACAAACAACUGAACUUGGUACUGAAGAAGAGACAAAAUGUUCCGAUAAUAUAAAUCAACUCUAUUCAAUACCACCAAUUAAGCAUUCUAAUUCUAUUAUAAGGUUUACACCAGAUCCAACUUCAACACCCUCAGUUCCCAAUUGGUUGCAACUUGUAAUGAAAAGCAAAUGUAAUGGGAAUUCGAAUAACGCUAAUAAUAAUAUGAGUAAUUAUGUUAAUAGUUCAAAUACUAGCAUCAACAGCAACAAUAACACAAAUAACAUUCAAUCAGUAAAAAUUUUAGAAGCUAUUGCGGAAAUUGAAAAGCAACAGGAAACAAUACCAGAGGAAGAUGAAGAAGAUGAUGAAGAAUUAACAAAACAGGAUAUAAAAGAAUUAGAAAUAAAAGUUGAAAUAGAAUUAAACGAAAUUGGGGAAAAAGCAGAAGUUUGGAAUUUAAGAGACAACUCAAGUUUACUUUCAAAAGCAGAAACAAUAAAUGCUCUGGCUAGCGCAGUAACUCAAGCAUUAAAUGAUUCAAAAACUGAGUUACAAUCGUUUACAUUGCCAAUGAAAAAAUCAAGAAAUCCUUUAUUGCAGCAGCAAUCUAGUGAGGAUGAUUCUUUGAUGAAAUCGAUAGAUGAAAAUCGUGAUGAUAGCAGUGGUUACCAAACAAGGCGAGGUAGUCAAAUGGAUACUGAUUUCAAUGCAUUAUCUGCAGUUAUUAUAGACACAGAAUUUUUGAAUAAUGUCAGCAGCACAGAAACCGACUCUAUUUCAUCCGAUUUAACUAGAAUGUAUGUAAGCGAUGAAGAGCAUGUUCCAAAUCAUUAAAAAAAGCAAAGUUAAAUGUACCUCUUAUAUAUGUAGAUUAUAAUAAAUGGAAAAUAUAUAAAAACAUUUUGUUAAUUUUUAAUAAUUACAAAAAUUUUAUUGAAAAUUGUAUUUUAGUAUGUAUAUUAAAAAAAAUAGUAUUUAAUGAA